AUGCCACCUAAAAAAGAAGAAAGAAGGCCACUUGAACCAAUUUUUUCAUAAAACAACUUUCCUUUCUAUUAGUAUCAAACUUACUAGCAAGACAAUCUGGAUUAGGUGUCACAAUUUUUAACCUAUUUCAAACCAGAACUAACUUAAAUGAUGAAAAAUAACAUUCAAGAAAAUAUGCUGAUAUUAUGUUAGUCUAUUGGAAUCACUCUUCACCCAACAUUUGUUAAAGUUAUUCAAAAUUUAGAUAUUAAUGACUUUGAUGAAAACAAAAAGUUUAAAAAUCCAGAAGAAUAUGAAAAUGAUCAAACUUCUUAAGUUGUUUUUUUCAAUUCUGUAUUUUAUGAGAUUAAUUUAGGUAAAAGUUGAUCAAAUAACCUUAAAAUUACUUGAAUUCUGUUUAUGUCAAGGCGGAAUUUAAGCUUUAAAAUUUUGCAAUAAUGACUUAGGAUAAACUGAAUAUUCACUUAUUUCACAAAUAAUAAGCAAUCCUGAAUGUAAAAUUAAAAAAUUGUAUAUUGAUUGGUAAUAAAUUUAACCAUAACUCUUAUAAUCAAAUCAUUUAUUAGAGUAAUUAUAUUUGAGAUCAUGCUAAAUAAGUAUUUAAUUUUAGUAUUUAGAGUCUCCUUUUAUAGAAAUAUUAUUCUAAAAUAUGAGAAAUCUAAAGGUCCUAGAUUUAUAUGAUAAUUAAUUAUCAAAGGAAGCAUUAAAUUUAAUUGGAACAUCUCUUAAGGAUAACACAUUUUUAGAAUAAUUGGGAUUAGCAAAAAAUUCCAUAAAUUCAUUAGAGCAGUUAUCAGAGAUUAUGCAAAAUGUUGGUAAAUUCUAGAUGAGCUAAGAAGAAUAUGAUGAAUAUCGAAUCAAAGAAAAAGAAAGAGAUUUAAUUAUAGAAAGGAAUAAGAAAGUAAAAAAGAAAGGAACUGAAGAAGUUGUUCCAGUUUUAGAAGCAAUUUAGCAAUUCGAUAAUAAUUGGUAUAUUAUAAGAAAUUAAAGGUUAUCAUUAUUAAAUUUAUCAUUGAAUUGUAUUGAUGAGAAUUCUUUUGUUUAAAUUGAAAAAUUUUUAAACCAAACAAAUGAAGGGUUUUAAUUAGUGUUAACAAAUAAUAAAUUUGAAGAUCAGAAAGCGUUGUAAAGAUUAAAAAAGAAAUACAAUAAAAAAUUAAUGAUAUGA